UCACAUUGCGCAUGCGCUAUGCCCACGCGGUUCCUGGUCCCGGUCUCUGGUUCCUAAAGCUACUGACCGGGAAAGUGAGGCUCAGGCGGGGAGGGGCGCCCCCCAAACCCCGGGGGAACCUGUUUCCUUUCCUUGGAUCCGCUGUGAAAGGCCGGGUCCCUGGCCAUCGGCGUCUUCCCUGAGCCUCCAAUUUUUCCAGCAAGGGGGUGAUCGAGGCGACAUUUAGGACUUGGGCGUCAGAGAGAGUGGCUGCUCUUGGUCCCUAGUUACAUGAGGACCUGCAAACUAGGGGUGUAGCCUAGGUGACGCCGCCUUGGCUGAGGUGGCGCCGGGAUUGGGACCCGAGUCCAGCAGAGUCCAGCCUUGGGUUUCGCGAGGCCCUGGAGAACCAAGAUGACCCACUCUUUGGUUUGUCCGGAGACAGUGAGCAGGGUGAGCUCGGUGCUGAAUCGCAACAGCCGGCAGUUUGGAAAGAAGUAUCUUUUUGACCAAGACGAAGAGACGUGCUGGAACUCGGACCAGGGCCCCUGCCAGUGGGUGACACUGGAAUUUCCUCAGCGCAUCUGUGUCUCCCAGCUGCAGAUCCAGUUCCAGGGGGGCUUUUCCAGUCGCCUGGCCCGCCUGGAAGGGUCACAGGGGAGUGAGGCCCUCCACCACAUUGUGGACUUCUACCCCGAGGACAACAACUCCCUUCAGACAUUCUCUGUGCCGGCUGCUGAGGUGGACCGCUUGAAGGUGACAUUUGAAGACACCACUGACUUUUUUGGCCGUGUAGUCAUCUACCACUUGAGAGUGCUGGGGGAGAAGAAGGUCUGAGACCUCUGGGGGUGGGGGCACACCUCUCAAGGAAGCCCCUCAGGGAAUCACAGCAAAGUCCUUUAAUUUCUGCACAGAAGGUUUAUUGGUUCCUCUUGGGAAGGGUCCCCUCCCACUGCCUGUCCAGGAGCUGCCUUUGAAGCCAGUUCUGGGUCCUCCCAGCUCUGGGCCGACCAUUUGGUUCCCUGAGUGUCUGCAUCCCCACCAGGCAGCCUUCACUCCGGGUCAGUGGGCCCCAGGUUGCUGUGGAACAGUUUGAGGAUGUGGUUCUCGAUUACCUGUUGCACUGGAGACAGGUGGGGAAAAGGCAGCCAUUGGAAAGGAAGCUGCAGAGUCAACAGGCACCAUCCCUACCUGCACCGUUGCCCUAGGGAUGAACCAGGGCUUUACAGCACUGGGGCCUGGAUGGAAGACCCCCUAUACAGACAACAGGAUCCGUGCCCCUCCCAGAAACCUCAGCUUCCCCUGAGUUUGUAAAAAUUCCCUUCCUUUCUUCCUUCCUCCCUUCUCUUUCUUUCUUUAGUGCUGGGGCCUCACGGGACAGGCAAGUGCUCUACCACUCUUGGCCUUAGAAAUUCGUUCCCUGCCCCCUUGUGGUACCAGGAAUCAGACCCAGGGGCACUCUGAGCUAUAGCCCCAUCCCUUCUUAUUUUUGAGACAGGGUCUCACUAAGUUGCCCAGGCUCGCCUUGUAAUGCAUUUCUUGAGCCUUUUGGAGUUAUAAAAGACUUCUUACCAAACAAAA